GUUUUCGGUUACGACUUCGCAAGUUCGAAAUUCGAAUUCUACUGAACUAAGUUUCGUAUCGACAAUGUAUUGUAACGAAAUGUGUAAGUGUGUGCGUAUUGUGUAACUUUAAUGUGUAGUGGGGAGUUUUUUUGAAGAAAGCAGUUGAGCAUAACAUGCACCAUGGAAGACUACAACAUAUCCAUGGAAGAGCUCAUGAACGGCUCGGAGCCCUACCAGCCUUACUACCAACGCCCUGAGACUUACAUAGUGCCAAUCAUGUUCGCGCUCAUCUUUGUGAUUGGGGUCGUUGGCAAUGGAACGCUGGUCGCUGUGUUUGUGAGGCAUAAGGCUAUGAGGAAUGUGCCUAAUACAUACAUCCUCUCCCUCGCACUUGCCGACCUCCUCGUGAUCAUAACCUGCGUGCCCUUCACAUCAAUCGUGUACACGGUGGAGUCCUGGCCGUGGGGCGUGACGGUGUGCCGCUUGUCGGAGGCGGCGAAAGAUGUCAGCAUCGGCGUGUCCGUCUUCACGCUGACAGCGUUGUCGGCCGACCGGUAUUUCGCGAUCGUGGACCCGCUCAGGAAGCUGCAUGCUACUGGUGUGACGAUGUGCCGCGUGUCGGAGGCGGCGAAAUACAUCAGCAGCGGCGUAUCCGUGUUCACGCUGACGGCGUUGUCGGCGGACCGGUAUUUCGCGAUCGUGGACCCGCUCAGGAAGCUGCACGCCACGGGUUAG